AUGGGUGUAAUAGCUGCUACAAGGUUCAGCGCUGGGCUUUGAGCUUUUGUUUCCAUUACAGAGCAGGAAAAUGAAUUUGAGAAAGUUAUUGGCUUAGCAGAAAGAACUUUGUUGGCCAACCUGAAGGUGGUUCCUUCACCAGGACCCGGAGGCUGCUGUGGUUUCCGGAUGCUCAGAGCUUCCUCACAGAGUCCUCAAGAUGCUCUUUUAUCUGUUGGGCUGGACUUCACUCCGUGGCUCGUGCCACCUCAGCAACGCGAGGAGCAGCAGAGAGUCCUCGCGCUGCAGCUGGCUAUAGCAAAACAACUGGACUUACCUGUGAACGUGCACUCUCACUCAGCUGGCAGGGAAACAAUUGCUUUCCUGAAGGAGGAAGGUGUUCAGGAAGUACUGCUUCAUAAUUUCGCUGGAAGAUUGUCUGUCACGCUGGAAGGGGUACAAGCUGGCUAUUAUUUUUCUUUUCCUCCAGCUGUUACAAGGCAAAAUCAGGGAGCAAAGUUAAUUAAACAGAUUCCACUGGAGAACAUCUGCUUAGAGACCAAUUCCCCUUCUCUUGGCCCAAACAAAGAGGAAAGAAAUGAACCAGGGAAGAUCAGGAUUGUCUGCCAGUACGUUGCAGCAGUGAAAGGAGCAUCAGUGGGAAGAGUUUAUGAAGAAACAACAACAAAUGCCUUGAAGCUUUUCCCGAAAGUUAAAUAUUGUUUGAAAGAAUGA